GGAAUAUUAUUACACACCCUGACCUGCUCAUUACUUUCUCAUCCCGUAUCGAAAAAUUCUCCAGUUAUCUCCAGCCAGGAAAUGAAUAAUCCGUUUGCGUAUAAUUUAAUUCGCGUAUUUCCGACCGCCCGGAGGUGAAGUGCGUGCAAGCAUUUCUGUCAGAGGUAGCAUCCGGUUUCAGGAACAAACGACGAAAGUCAAAAUUCGGCCGUUCUCUUUUACCGUUCUUGGAGGGUUUCAUAGUUUUCAAUCUGCAUAUGAAUGAGGUCCACGAAUAUAAAGACACGGCCCGGCCGCUGGGAGGAAGCUUUGUUUCAACACUUCCACCGGCCAUCAAAAAGGCUUUCAUCCAUGCCUGCUUUUAUCUAUUCGAAAGGUGAUGGCGCGUUGGGUCGAUCACUCGGCGCCGACAAAUCGCCUGUUGGAAUUUUACCAGGGCAAAGUCAGAGAGAUGAGGUCUAAAUACACGGACCUUUUGCGAUUUGUGAACGAAGCUAAAGAUCUCGUCGUGAAGAAUGCGGACCAGGAGGUGGAAUCGAUCCACGCGAUCAGGUCGACGAGCAAGCUGCAAGAUUCGCUCAGCGAACUUCAGAGAUACCUCUACAAAGAGAGGGAGACCGUCUUGAGGCUGACUUCUGAGAUCGACAGACUCAAGGUGGAAAGAGCGGACGACAAGAGGAAAAUCGCGUUUCUCCUCGAUCAUUGCGGUCUCAAAGAGGCCCAGUUGUAUAUAAACCCUCUGGACAGACUCGCUAGUCCACUCCAGCGAAGGCAAAAGCCAAAAGUACGAUUCAACGACGUCCGCGCCCUCAAAAACAAACUUGCCGAAUUUAAACAGUCCGAAUACGAGAUACUCAACAUGAGGAUUAAAGCUUUAGAAACCGAGCUGAAGGAGCAAACUGAGCUGCUUCAAGAUGAAAUAUGCAUCCUGGAAAAUGAUUUAGAUUUAAAGUCCAAAGAAUGGUUAGCCACGAGGCAGCUCCUUGAGCAGAAAGCUUCAUGUUUGAACUGUCGCCUUCAGAACGUCCAAUUAAGAAAGCUCGACGGGAUAUCAGAAUUUUUUCAGGACUUGGACAAAGAGAGGACAAGAGAAAUAAAACUCAUGGAGGAAAACGACCGGCUUACUCGAUGCGUGAAUAUCUGCAAGGAACUGCUCGGUGACCAGUUCCCCGGAGACAAUAAUUGCAAACCUCAAAGGCGAAAGGAUGAGACGAGCCUACUUAAAGAACAACUCGUUCAAAAAGACCGACUUAUCAGGAGUUUCCAGGGGCAAAUCGCUGAUUUCGAGACCAGGCUCAAUCAAGUGCGGAAAACGCUGGAAGCGGAGCGCGAGACCUGCCAGAAGGUAAAGGAACGCGCUGCCUCAAAGGAGGAACAACUGGCAAAGAAACUCGAAGAGGAGAGAACGAGGAGGAUUCUGGAUGGAGAGGGUUUUAGAAACGAUAUAAAGCUCCUACGUUCAAAACUUCAAAGCAUCGAAAGGAAAUUCAGGCACGAGAGGAUAAGAAGAGGGAUCAAGGAUAACGAUUGAUGUUGUUUGUUAUUUCCUUCUGACCGACUCUGUUUGUUUAAUCAGUGCAAAUCUUAUAUAUAAAGAUUGUUUUUAAACUGUUUCACGUAUAACUAGUCACAAGUUGUUUAGAGACAGAAGUAUAUUUUAUAUUUUAUCUAUUGUGUGAAUAAACGAUACGGUUCUCGUUGAA